AUGUUUCAAAUUCUACAAAAUUAUGCCUUUUAUUAUCUUUGCAGUUCUACUGAAUAUCUUCUUGAAGAAACAACGACUUAUAGCCUAUGGACUGCCUUUUGCGGAUUGGGUUUUCUCGUUACCAAAUAUGUCAUGGUAAGCUGUUUCAGUAUAGCAGCUGCAAAUCAGAUAUUCAGGAUACGUUGUAUGUUCAUGGAAUCUAUUCUCAAGCAAGAUAUUGGAUGGUUUGAUACAAACAAAACUGGAGACUUCGCGAGUCGUAUAUCGGGAGAUAUGUCAAAGAUUCAAGAUGGUUUGGGUGACAAAGUUCCGAUCCUUAUCAGCUUUAUUUCUUCAACGAUUCUUUCUUUCGCUAGCGCAUUUUAUUAUGGAUGGAAACUGUCAUUAGUCAUUCUGAGUGUUUCGCCUUUACUUAUAGCUGGCAUGGCCCUUUUGUCAAAAAAUCAAGCGAAUGCAUCGAAAGAAGAGCUCCAAGCUUACGGUACUGCGGGAGCUAUGGCAGAAGAAGUGCUAUCUGGCAUUCGAACAGUGGCAGCAUUUGGAGGCGAAAAAAAG